UUCUUCAUUUAGCAGUCUCUGUCUUUGUUGUUGCAAUGGAAGAUUUGCAGAAAUAACUGGAUCAUGACAAACAUAAUGACAGGAACUGGGUGUGAUUGUGUGUGUGUGUGUGCCGUCUGUUCACUCACAGUGGAGCAAGAGUUCAACAGCUUCAUUAUGCUGAGAAAAAACCCUCAACCAUUUUCAUGAACUUUUAUGGAUUAUCUAUUAUUCUGAACAACAUUCCACUGAGGAAACAUUAAAGAAGUUCGAGUUUUUAAAGCAGAAGGAUUUACCAGGAAUGUUUUAUUAUUUUAUUCCUGUUGAACCUUUCACGAUUCAACUACCUCAAAUUCGAACUGAUGUUCUCAAGGAUAACCAUGAUGCUUUCCAAGAUUAACACCUAACACCUUACCUUACAAUGAGAGAGGAUGGAUAGCGCAACCAGCCCCAUGUCAGAAUCUGCUGUUACCAAUGGAUUUGUAAAUAGUGUGUUCAAUGUUUCACUUGACGAAGAGAACAAAACAGAGAUCUCAUGGAUUGCAGAGUCCAGUUCCUCAUACUCCGUUACUCCCUGGCAGGCGGUCAGGAGAGAAAAACAGGAACCAAAUCGGCGGUCCAGGACCACAGGCAUCUGGAGGAUCCUGAAGCGCCACAAGGCCACCCCUGACAUGGAGAGACGACCUCACUCAAUGAUCCUCCCAGGUGAAGCAUCCUUUCUCAAGCUCUCCAUCACAAACAAAGUAAGAUCCUUUAAAAAUCCUUUAAAGUCACCAUCUGUUUUUAGAGGCAAAACUUGCAAGCCCUCCAGUGUCAAAUUUAGCAGUGAACUGAAAGAUGAUGUGAAUGGCGUGUGCAACGACUCUCCCUCUUCAGAGCACAAAAACGUGUUUAGAGAUAAAACCAAGAGACACUCAUUUGCAGGACCCAGUGCAGACUUCUAUUGCUCAUUUGAGGACAUAGAUCCAUCUGGAUUUCCAGAGAAUAACCAUCAGGUGCUGAAAGACAAUGUUAGCCACCAAAAUGAGUUUAAAUUUGCAGACAGAGUGACAUAUACAAAGAAAGGUCACUCCAACUUCCCAAACUGCAACAGUUCAUCCAUGACAGAUCAAGAUGAAUGUUACAUUAAGCAAAGCCUCAAGAUACCUCAGAGAAGAAGGUGGUCAAAAGGGGGUGAGGUUUUGAAUUACUUGAGAAAAAUUUCCCUAAAAGGAAGGGGUAGUUCAACUUUGGCAGAGAGUAGUUUUGAAUCUUUGAAUACUUUGGAUAAAACUAUUGAUUCUGAUUAUGGCUCAGUAAAUUUUGAAUUUGUGAAAGAUUCAAACUCGGCACCUGAACAAACAGGACUCGAAGGCAAAAGUAACCAUUUUAGAGGCCUCUACCGAUUUUUUAACACUGUGGCUGAAACUGCCAUGAAAUGGAGAAACUCUUCUCGUUCUUUUUCACCUCCUGAAGGACAACAAUCCCAUUUUGACUCAAGAAAACCUCAACUGUCAGGAGAGGUCGUCCAGAAUACGCCUUUGACAAUCAGGAAUGAGCAAAAAGUUAAUACCUCAUUUAGUGGUAAAUCUGUAUUAUCGAUUGACGUGCACAAUAUGGUCCCACCAGCCAAUGACUUGGAGGUUUACUCCCCUCCUAGGGUGCUGAAAACCUGGAAAAGUGGAAAAUGUCCAAACUUUACAGGUGACAAUAGUUCCCUGUGUAAUGACCCAGAUGGAUCUCAGUCACAAUUGUACUUGACUCCAAUCUCUCUAACUACAUCUGAGAACAACCCAAGAUGUGAAGAACCAAAGCCAGCAAAUGGGAAAGUAUCUAGCUUUGACAGCUCUGCUAUUAUUUUUUCAUCAAACCUCUUAUGUAGCAAAACAGUUAAUGAAGACCAAUAUAUUUGCACUGAUGGAAAGACGCUCCCAAAGUGCCCAGAGGACAUAUUUAAGGCCCUGUCACGUCCGCCUGGCCAGUCGCCUGCAGAGCCGCCGUUUAAAGUUCUUCUUCAACGUUGUUGCUCUCUACCACUUCCGGCCACUCUCUCUGCACUGGAGCCAAUGGACCUAACGCUUACUCCACCAGCUAAACCAAUGACAGGCAUUUUUCGUGUGAGGAACGGCAGCACAGGAUCCAGACGACAAAAGCGUUUCAGACCAGGAUCCGGACCAGUGCCUGUUAACAUGUUGAUCAGCGGAGGUUCAGUUGUCAGUGCAGAGGCAGUAUGGGAUCAUGUAACGAUGGCUGAGAGGGAGUUGGGUUUUAAGGCAGGUGAUGUCAUCAAAGUCCUGGAUGCCUCCAACAAAGACUGGUGGUGGGGCCAAAUCGAUGAUGAAGAAGGUUGGUUUCCAGCCAGCUUUGUAAGGCUUUGGGUUAACCAGGGCAGUGAGGCCAAAGAAUCAACAGAGGCUGUCAGAGAGGUACAUAAUGGACACAUUGAUGGAGGUCUGUGUAUUGGCCAACCACUUCAGAAUCGAGAUCAGAUGAGGGCCAAUGUUAUCAAUGAGAUAAUGAGCACUGAGCGUCACUACAUCAAACAUCUGAAAGACAUAUGUGAGGGCUACCUAAGGCAGUGCCGAAAGCGGGUUGAUAUGUUUAAUGAUGAGCAACUGAAAGUGAUUUUUGGAAACAUCGAGUACAUCUACAGAUUUCAAACAGGAUUUGUGCGGGACUUAGAGAAACAGUACAACACUGAGGAGCCACAUCUCAGUGAGAUUGGGCCAUGCUUUCUGGAACAUCAAGAUGGUUUCUGGAUAUACUCUGAGUACUGUAACAACCAUCUUGAUGCUUGCAUGGAACUCUCAAGAUUAAUGAAGGAUGGGCGGUAUCAGCACUUUUUUGAGGCCUGUCGACUCCUGCAGCAGAUGAUUGACAUUGCCAUUGAUGGCUUCCUGCUCACUCCUGUUCAGAAGAUCUGCAAAUAUCCACUACAGCUAGCGGAAUUACUGAAGUACACAGCACAGGAACAUAGUGAUUAUCGCUAUGUGGCAGCAGCACUGGCUGUCAUGAGGAACGUCACCCAGCAAAUCAAUGAGCGCAAAAGAAGGCUUGAGAACAUUCACAAGAUCGCUCAGUGGCAGGCCUCAGUCCUGGAAUGGGAGGGUGAUGAUAUUCUGGACAGAAGCUCAGAGCUGAUCUACACAGGUGAGAUGUCUUGGAUCUAUCAGCCUUAUGGAAGGAGUCAGCAACGAGUAUUCUUCCUUUUUGAUCACCAGCUGGUGUUGUGCAAAAAGGACCUAAUAAGACGGGACAUACUUUACUACAAAGGUCGCAUUGAAAUGGACAAGUAUGAGGUUAUAGAUGCUAUCGACGGACGAGACGAUGACUUUAACGUCAGCGUGAAACACGCAUUCAAGCUUCAUAACAAAGACACUGGUGAGAUCCACAUCUUUCUGGCCAAGAAGUUAGAGGAAAAGAUUCGCUGGCUGAAGGCUUUUCAUGAAGAGCGCAAGAUGGUGCAAGAGGACAAAAAAAUCGGUUUUGAAAUUUCUGAAUAUCAGAAACGACAAGCUGCUAUGACAGUCCGUAAAGUGACCAAACACAAAGGUGUAAGCCAGAGCAGAUGUGUGUUUCAAACAUGCCCAUCACCAUCCCUGGAUCUCAUGACACAUGGACACGUCAUGACAUCUGAUGACACACCCCAAGAAGAUAUAUUUGAAUUUCAGCUCUCCAAACCAGGACAGUCUCCAUUUCGGUUAAACUUUAGUAAGUUAACAUCCUUAAAAAAAUUGUAAAAAAUGGUUUGUUUAGCUGUGUUUUCAUCAAUAAGAAAUGACUGACAAUCAUGAUUCAGAUGUUCUUUAGCCCUGUUAAUAACUUAAGCUAUUCAAGACAAUCUAUCCAGACAUUCAUAUGUAUACUUGAUCAUUCUCCAUUGCUGUAUUUUAUCCUUUUACUUCUGGGAUACCAUUAUUGAGUUUUGAAGCUAAAGUGAUGAAUAUCUCAGCCGAAUGCUAGAAAAACCAUCAUGGCCAUCGGUUUAAUGUUUAUUGGUAAUUGUUUUGUUGACAGCAUGGUUCUUGAUGAUCAAAAAAUAUUUAUAUGAUGAUGUUCAUGUGUUACUUUACUAAACAUAUGCUGUACUGUCUGCAUACCAGGUAAGCAGGGCAAGGAAUGUAAGCUUACCAAAUCUUCUGAACAGGGUAUUCAUAUUGAUUGUGAUGAAUUUGUCAAACUGGGGACAAUAUGAGUGCUGACAUAAUAAAUUCUUUAAAAUUCACAUUUUCCUGCACUUAAAAAAUCACACAUGUUGUUUAAGGUUGCCUGAAUUAGUUUUUAAAUAUAUAUGUUUUGUUUGUCUGUUAAAGGUAAAAUAAAUGUUUGACUUUGCUUCCUACUGGUUUUAUUUUCUUGUACAAAGUACCAGGGGCGUUGCUAGGGUCAGAUGGGAUGGGGGGCUUAGCCCCCUGAAAACAUAACCCCAAAAACACAGCAAUUAAUUGUUGUUAUUAUUAUUAUGAUUGUAAUGUGAACAUAACAUAAAAUAAAAUGUUCACUCACA